AUGACCCUCCUCGGCGAGAUCUGCAACCUCUCCGUCUCCUGCCCAGCUCCUUCGCUGCGGGACGAUAAACCGUUACGCGCGCUUAUGUCGAGAGCAAACAUUGUCCUGGCAAAUCGAAACGAAGCAUACAGACUUGAUGUCACAACCGAAGAGCGAAACGUUAGCGAGCAGUCAAGGCAAGGGGAUGUGGAGUUUGUGACAAUGAAGAGUUGGUUGCCCGUGGCCAAUUCGGUUAUGCAAUAUGCACACUCAGCCUCGUACUCCACAAGCUGA